GGGGGGCGGGCGGGGAAGGGAGCGAGAGCCCCGGCAGAGUCUGCACAGCCCCCGCGACCCGCGGGUCCGCCGCGCCGGAGCGCCGCGCACAGGACUAGAAGAAUAAAGAGAAGUUUGAUUGAUGAGAACUGUAAGAAAGCAUGCAACAGUUUGGAAUGGAUUGAUUUGUGAUACAUCUGAUAUGUGAGAGCUACAUAUUGUGUCGCUAUUGUCCAGCUGCUCCUGGUGGACUUCAGCUAACUUCAUUGUAGCCCAACAGAUAGAUCCUCAUCACUAAUAGAACAUAAACAAGUGUGAUGCUGAAAUGAGAUGAGGCUCCGAAAUGGAACUGUGGCCACCGUGUUAGUUUUCAUCACUACUUUCCUCAGUUUGUCCUGGUAUACUGCAUGGCAGAAUGGGAAAGAAAAGUUGAUUGCAUAUCAGCGGGAAUUUCAUGCUUUGAAGGAACGUCUUCGUAUAGCUGAGCAUCGCACUCUGCAGCGCUCUUCGGAGCUGAACGCUAUCUUGGAGCAGUUCAGGCGUGCAGUAGCAGAAACAAAUGGGAGUAAGAAUGCAAUGAAUAAUUUUUCAGAUGAGACGCUGAAAUUGUUGAAAGAGCUAACAAGUAGAAAAUCUCUUCAAGUGCCAAAUAUCUAUUACCAUUUGCCUCAUUUGUUGAAAAAUGAAGGAAGCCUUCAACCCUCAGUGCAGGUUGGCCUUGGAAGGACAGGAGUUUCCAUUGUAAUGGGAAUACCUACAGUGAAAAGAAAAGUCAAGUCUUACCUUACAGAAACACUCCACUCCCUUAUUGAUAAGCUGUCCCCUGAAGAAAAACUGGAUUGUGUUAUGGUUGUCUUUAUAGGAGAGACUGAUCUUGAUUAUGUUAACAGUGUUGUUGCAAGCCUGGAAAAAGAGUUUUCUACAGAGAUCAAUUCUGGCUUGGUGGAAGUAAUAGCCCCUCCUGCAUCUUAUUAUCCUGACUUGACAAACUUGAAAGAGACGUUUGGAGACUCAAAAGAGAGAGUAAGAUGGAGAACAAAACAAAACUUGGAUUAUUGUUUUCUUAUGAUGUAUGCCCAGAAAAAGGGAGUUUAUUACAUUCAGCUUGAAGAUGACAUCGUUGUCAAGCAGAAUUAUUUCAGCACAAUAAAAAAUUUUGCACUUCAGCUUGCUUCUGAAGAUUGGAUGAUUCUAGAAUUUUCUCAACUGGGUUUCAUUGGUAAAAUGUUCCAGUCUCCAGAUAUCACUCUUAUUGUAGAGUUCAUAUUUAUGUUUUAUAAGGAGAAACCUAUUGAUUGGCUCCUGGACCAUAUCCUCUGGGUGAAAGUGUGUAACCCUGAGAAAGAUGCUAAACAUUGUGAUCGACAGAAAUCUAAUCUACGGAUACGCUUCAGGCCUUCUCUUUUCCAGCAUGUUGGCCUCCACUCUUCUCUAGCAGGAAAGAUCCAGAAACUCACAGAUAAAGACUUCCUGAAACCAUUACUGCAUAAAAUCCACGUGAAUCCACCUGCAGAGGUUUCGACAUCUUUAAAAGUCUACCAGGGGCAUACACUAGAAAAAACCUACGUAGGGGAAGAUUUUUUCUGGGCUGUCACACCAGUUGCUGGAGAUUAUAUUCUUUUUAAAUUUGACAAGCCAGUCAAUGUAGAAAGGUACUUGUUUCACAGUGGCAAUCCAGAGCAUCCAGGAGACAUACUUCUAAACACGACUGUAGAAGUUUUGCCUUUCCAGAAUGAAGAACUGGUAUUAAGCAAAGAAACCAAAGACAAACGCUUAGAGGAUGGUUACUUCAGGAUAGGGAAGUUUGAAAACGGUGUAGCUGAAGGAACAGUUGACCCCAGCCUAAACCCUAUUUCAUCAUUCCGGCUUUCAGUAAUACAAAAUUCAGCCGUUUGGGCAAUUCUGAAUGAGAUUCAUAUUAAAAAGAUUACAAACUGAUCGUGGAAUUCUGCUUUAGAGGAAAAAGGAUCCUUGAAAACUUUUCCUAUAAAAUCUGACAUCCUUAGCAAAUCACAAAUUGAAAAUACUGAGCAUGCACCUUAAUUCCAAAUUUCAUUCUUUUCCACUUGAACUCUACCUCUUGUGAAACCUACUGUAGAUGAGAAGAUUGUAUUUACCCCUUCUUAUCUGAUCCAUCCAGAAACUGAUGCUCCACACUGAUAACGUUCGUCUGAGGCCCGAGUUGUCCUCCACUUUAAUGUGACUUUACCAUCUUAUGGUUACAAAACCCUGCUAUGCUUAAACUGUACUAUUUUGAUAGUAUAGUAAUAUAGAGAAGUUGUACAUAUUGUUACAUUCCUUGAAGAAGAAGAAAAAAAUAUAAUUAUUGUUAAAUAUGUUUUAUGAAGGGGGUACUUUCGGAGUUCCAUUUAUUUUCUAUAACAAGAACCCUCUUUUAUAGACUGUCAGGGAUAUAUAUUAAAAAUGUUAGGGAUAUUUAAUUUAUUAAAAUAAUUUGAAAAGUACAUAUUUUUAUGCAGUAAAAUUUUAAAUUGAUAUAGUUUUUUUAUGAAUUCUCUAGUUUAAGUUAUCUUUCUACAUUUUUCUUUGGAGAUGCAAACAUAAAUUAAUACCAUAUUUCAAAUUUACUGCCAUGUUUAAAAAAAACUAGAUUAAGUUUCUAAAUUACAUAGUUUUGUACACAGAAUCUGAAUGAUGUUCAGAGGCAUAAACAGAGCCCCUGAAGAGCAUUAUUCUUUGGGGCUAUGAAAUUCCACUAUGUACAGUUUGUAGCCACAUAAAAAGCAUGUUAAAAUGUCUUGUUUCAUAUUAUGUACUAAAUCGGCAGUGAUUUUAGAUCAAAUCCAUUGCAUUUUAGAAGAAUUUUUUUUUUUCCAAACAGUUAUUUCUAAAAAUCUUUGUAAACAUUUCCUAGCCUGAACAAAUUCAUUUUCUGUCUUGAAAAAAAAUCAUUCUCCAGCUUUGUUUUGGAAUGAUAGAGGUUACCUUACAUCAAAAGAACGAAUAAUACAUAGAUACAUUUGAUCUAUGGAGGCCUCCUUUUAAAAAGUUCUGUUAAUGUAGUGUUCAUUUUGGAUACAUUACAGUUUACUUUUAUUUUCUUCCGUUGUUCAAAAACAGUGUUUUAGUUUUGACUUCUUUAUUGAUGAGUGUAGUAACUCACACGAACUUUUUUACUAGGAACUAAAUUUGGCCUCAAGUUAGUACCCUGCCUUUUUGUUUCAAGGGAAACAACAGUGAUCUUAAAUGAAUCAUAAACUCAGUCAGGAACAAAGCAUGGUUUGGAUUACAUCCAGAGGGGAAUUGUUGCAGUACUAAUGCUGCUGGUGCUGCUCUUAAUAGUCUUUCUGCUUAGGUGCUUAUAUGUAAGACACAGGCAGGGGAAGAUUUCAGGUAGUCAGAAAUGAUCAGGAAAAAGAGAGGCAAGAAUUCCUCCCUUUAAUAGGAAAGAAGUGCCUGACUGACACUGGAGGGAGGCAUCUACCUUGGCCUGGGGAUUCUCAGCUGGGCUGUGAACAAGCCUCCUGGAACUGACAUCUCGGAAGCUGGAGAGUUUUCCCUGUGGGGGAAAAACCCCACUCUGCUAUUCCCAACAUAGAAUCAUAGAAUCGUUUAAGUUGAAAAAGACCUUUGAGAUCUUUGUGGUCAGGGUACAGAUGCACAAAACCUGUUGCAGGGUCCCUCAUCUAGAGCGGGGAUCUUGAAUUUGUACCUCCAGCAUUAUUUGGCUAAUAGAUUUGGCCUCUCUUUUAUGACACGUUUAUAAGGAGCAGGAGCCUAAACCUGACUCUUCAGCACUGCAAACCAUCACCACUGGCGUAUAGAGUCAAUCUGUCUUUUCUUCUGCCUUGUUGGAAAGUGGUGUUGUAGCUUUGACAGUUUAGCAACAUUCAAGUUGAAGAGCUUAACUGUUUCUACAGACUGUUGUCAUUUUGGUUUAACUAUGUUGUCUGGGGACACAGGGAAGACAAGAUUUGUACACAGAGGCAAGACCAUCUGUUUAGACUGACUGUGUAAGUUCAAGUUAGAAAGCUACCAGGCAGGCCUUGUUUACUUUCUCUGAUCACAUCAGGUGGUCUAAAUAAAAUGUUACUUGGAAAGCUCGCGUUGCCCAUAGAGACUGUGGGCAUAAGCUAAGUACUGGCCACAUAAAUGGAGUUUAUUCUUGGAUUUUGGAACCUGGGUGACUAGGCUCUGAAUCUCGUGUGACGCUAGCCUGUUGUGGUGCUACAGCCCCGUUUGUCACCUGUAUAAUGCCGUGCCAUCAAAUUAUUGACAUGCAAUGGCUUUUUAUCACACAUUACCUAGCAAAGGUCUGAGAAAUAUUGAGGCGUUCUUCUCAUCUAUGUCGGUGGAUGAAUGAUGCAAGUUAUUUACACUAGAGUUAUUUAUUACAAUUCAGACUGCAGAAAUAUGUUAGAUAUUGAAGUUUCUUAAUAUAAUUAGUUUUGCUGACAGUGACCUUUUCCAUUUUUUCAUGAUUUCAGAAGUUUACUGGUACCACUUGUUGGAGAAAGCUGUGUGCUUAUUCUAAAAGCAUUACUAUUCCUGAGGUUUCACAGUAGUUAAGAUGAUUCAUUGCUAAUAUACUUAAAUACAUAGAUCCCUACCACACUGAUUGCAGAAUUCUGGUUAACAGUAUAUUUAGUUUUCAAAAAUGUUGAGAAGAGAUUUAUCCAAGACAACAAAUUACUGCUUGGUAAAAUGGGGAUGGUUUCCUAAAGACUAGUGUAUCUUUAUUCUCUCAUACUUGGGCUGCUUUAAUAGUUUCAAUGUUCCUGAGUUUAUAUGCUCUCUAAAUAAAAGUGCCACAUUAAUACAAAUUACAUUUCAUGGAUUCAGGUAAAUUCAGAGAUGGUGUAAUCAGGUAGUUGUGCAAAUUUGUUUGGAAAUGUUGCUGAAAAAUAGAAAAAGCAAGGAGGAUAUUUUCUAUCUAAUUAUUUCCGCAGACAGCUAUUUUGGGCUUUCUACCUUUCAAAUUCCAAUCCCCAAGUCAGGCUAAAGUGGCGAAGUAAGUGCUUAGGCAGUUUGGCUCACCAGCCUUUAGCUCAGGCACUAUUUGUGAUGGAUACACUCCAGAGGGGCCAGUGUCUCUUGCAUUUGUCCAUUUUAAGUGACAGCAUUGUCAUAAGAGAUCUUAAGCAGUAUCUUAAACCUGUUAAAUUAUUUGGGAGAGUUUUUCCCUAUGUGUAUUUAAUUUCAGGUUAUUUUUGUUGUUGCCUUAAAAAUCCCCUCUAGGCCUCUGAAUCUUAGCUAUACAGUAAUAGAAAGUGUUUCAAAAUAAAUUGCAUUAUCCUAUGAUCCUGCUAGCUCCUUCUGAUGCUGUUAAAGCUUCAGAAAAGUGAACUUUUGUGAAACCAAAGGCAUUGCCAGAAACCUUCAUUAUCCGGGCAAAUUAUUCUUAACUUCUUGUACUGGAUGCCAGACAGACUCGCCAAUACGAGCACUGGCUUUUGUGAGCUGAUUAGGAUUGCUUGGGACCAAGGCAAUACAAGGCUUGCAGUAUAAUGUUGCUUUGCUCGUUCAGCGGGUAGUCCUAAGGAAAACUUUGUAAAUAAUGUGAACAGGAUGUGAUCCCAAAGUAGCACUUUUUAUUUUCUUAAUGAGUGUUUCUAAAGCACUGUAGAAGGCUUUGAGCUUUUGCAGGCAUCUCAAACAGGUAUUUGCAUUGAUGGAAAAAAUUUCUGUAGAUAUAUUUGUUUUUUCUCUACUUAAAGAUGGCUUAGAAAAAUUCAAAGAUAAACAUGAUUCAUGGACCAAGAAAAGACUGGACCCUUCUGUCUUGCUGCUACUACAGCUAGACGCUGUUUCAAAAGCAGUUUUUAAAUACCUUGAGUCAGUUUAGGCAAAGCAAUUUGUACUUUGCCCCUGUGAUACGCAAUUCCUUGAAUGGGCUGGAGUGUGAUUAGUCUUUGGAAAAAUUGAACAACUGUGUAACAGUUUCCUUCUUUUUUUUUCAAAUAUAUCUUAAUUUCACUAAUCUCUGUAUUUUGUUGGAAAUACUUGCUCCAGAUGAAGUAAUUUGUAGUUUGCCUCCAACUUUGAAAGUACUGUUUUAAGUCUUGUGGGGAAAAAGAAGAAUGAAAUCUUUUCAAACCUUGCUCUCCUGAAAUACAUUAACCCAAGGUUCUAUAUUUGUUCUUACUAGAAAGGAUGUAUUCUGAAAAGUAACUGUAGUUAGAAAGGGUUAAAAAAAAAAUCCUCGUAUUUUUAAAUCAUCUUUACAAUCACCAGCAUAAUGCUGAAACAUUAAACAACUGGUGUUUUCAGGCUAACAUUGAUUGCUGACUUAAAACACACACCCAAUGGAGACCUGGUGAAUUGGUCCUUGAGAGUGUCACUUUUCUGACCCGAGGGGUCUCUGAAGGGUUUUGCUAAUUUCUGCUGUAAACAAUGAGCUGCCAGAAGUUAAAGCAGCUUAAUUUUGAGAAUGAUGAAGCCUUCUUUCAAGAGGGCGAACUUUGAUAUCUCUAAAGGGAAGGUACACAGGCCCCAAGUCCUUCAAUGGUAUCUAAAGGGCACAAAUAUGAAUUUUUACUCUUGAACUGAAGUGGGUGAUCACUGGUGCUAGGAUUCCUGUUAGGAAAAAGGUGUACAGUUAGGCUGCAGCUGCCUGCAGGACGGGAGUUUGUGCUGUUUGCCAGGGAGGGAGCAGGUCCUGACUGGAAUCCUUCGCCUUCCAUGGAUCAGCAGUUCAGUGCUUUCCUUGUUUAAAGGAGAACGUUGCUCAGCAUUGCUGAGAGGGAAACACACUUCUCUUCAAGCCUUAACAGUGGCUGAGACACACAGUACUGUAAGAUGCACUGCCAGCAUAUUUGGUAUUUUAAGAUAAAAUAUAGUUUUUCCUUAGAGAUCAAAUUCUAGUAUUGAAAUAUUAAGUCUUACUGUAACCAGUUUACUCUUGUGUUGUUUUGGAAACUGAAUCCUAGUGAACACCAUGUUGGAAAGCUGUCAUCUUCACUCUCCAUAAGGUAUUGUUUGUGAUGGUCAGUUUAUACUCCUGCCUUGUGGACUUUACAGCUGCAGGCAUUGCCACGAACCCACCCUUGUAGCCAAACUAAUUUGUACUUUUCUUCCAUGUUCAUUGACCUGCCACUCAGCAUGGUGGAUGUAAUAAUACCCACUGGACUGCUAGAGAUUGGGUUUAAAAACUUGCUGCUAUUUUUGGAAACCUGAUAUGGGUCAUGUUAAUUGUGCCUUUCAUCACUGUUUCUUCUGUGUGCCAGAGCUGUCCAUGUGUAUUUGAAGUAGUCACUAAAAUAAAUCUGUUCUCAAGGAGAGGACAGAUCUCUAUCUAGAAACAGUUGUUGCUUUACCAUCGCAACACUCUUAAGAUCCAUACUUUCACACAGUCCCAAGGCAAGGUAUUCCAAUCCUGUUCUUCAAUAAAACUGCUUUUUGGUGUCACUUAAACCCCUCAUAAUGUAGAGCUUAUACCAGUAUGUGCAAAAUACCUGCAGUAAGAGUUAUGCUACAUAGACUUGUUGCAGUUAAAUUUAAGCUACAGAGAUGUACAAGUAACUUGUUUUUAGGAAUGUACUGAGAAAGUAUUUGAACAAAAUUGCUAACAUGUUUACUGUUGUAAAUAUUUUAAUAAAAAAGGACACUUCAAACUUUUUUACACAAUUAUCUACAAUAAAGAGAAAUUUACAACCAUUUA